AUGAAGGAAGCAGGUAUUAUUUGUACAGCUUCAUCACACCCAACCACAGGAUGGGUGGUACCUUUUACGGUAGUGGAGGAAAAACCCUACGGACAAAGAGGGCGAUUUAUUGCUUGGACAAGAGAAAAGAAUGACAAGGAUGAUUGUGAGGCUGAUGUUCCUCUGGGACAUAUUUCUCGAUACCUCGAUGUAGUUUACGAUGAAACGGCAACAUUAUUUGAUUUAAAGGCAUCAUUUUUCCAGAUGGCACUACCGGUUAACAGACGUGCCAGUUUCCGUUGCCGCACGGAAUCAGGAGAACUCGUUGAGUUCACUCGCCUUCCCAUGGGCUAUAAAUGUAGCCCCGAGAUUUUAAAUACCAUUACAAGAGUCCUAGCUGGCGAUCCGGCUUUGGUAUUACCACAGUAUGCAGCGCCCACACAGAAUUACAAAUACACGUUUGGAUUGAUAACAUCAGAAGAAGUGGUCCACACGAAAAGGUGGAAGUUUGGGGAAAGCAAAUUUUGA